AUGAGUGAACAAGAGUUUUCGAAAGGUUUAGCUGGCAUCUAUGUUGCCAAGUCUGCUGUGUGCACAGUUGGUGUCAAGGGCACUGGACUAAACUACAGAGGCUAUGACAUAAAAGAGCUUGCUGCCAAGUCCAACUUUGAGGAGGUAGCCUACCUCUUGAUAUAUGGAUCAUUGCCAACUGACCAGCAAUUGCUCAACUACAACAGAACAUUGGCAUCAUUGCGUGAUAUCCCAGGUGCUCUCAAGGAUUGUUUGGAGCGUAUCCCAGCCAAUGCACAUCCAAUGGAUGUUCUUCGUACCGGUUGUUCAAUCUUAGGAACUUUGGAGCCAGAGAGUCCAACGAAUGAUCAUUACCAGAUCUCAAAUAGAUUGAUCGCAUCGUUUGGAUCGAUGUUGUUGUACUGGCAUCAUUGGGUCUGUGGAGGAAAGAGAAUCAACUGUGUGACAUCACCAGAUGAUACAACUGCCAAGCACUUCUUGAAGCUGCUCAGACAGGAUGGUUUGGAGCCAUCGCCACUGCAUGUGCGCGCCGUCGACGUCUCCCUCAUCCUCUAUGCCGAGCACGAUUUGGCUGCAUCCUCCUUUGCUGCACGUGUUACUACCUCUACCCUCACCGACUUUUACUCUGCCAUCUGCACUGCCAUCGGUACCCUACGCGGACCCCUACACGGUGGAGCCAACGAGGCUGCCAUGAAGCUGCUCGAGCAGUACCCAACGCCAGACGAGGCGGAGGCUGGAAUCAUGGGUAUGCUGUCAAAGAAGGAGUUGAUUAUGGGAUUCGGACAUAGAGUGUACAGGAAUGGAGAUCCAAGGAAUCCAAUCAUCAAGGAGGUGUCGAGGACACUUAGCCAGGCACCAAACGGCAACCCCCAGCUGUUUGCCGUGUCGGAGCGCGUCGAGCAGGUGGUGCAGCGCGAGAAGAAGAUGUUCCCCAACCUGGACUUCUACUCCGCGUCGACCUACCAGCAGGUGGGCAUCCCAACACUCUUCUUCACACCAGUGUUUGUCAUCUCGAGAACGACAGGCUGGGCUGCGCACAUCAUCGAGCAGCGUCAAGACAACAAGCUGAUCCGACCAUCUGCCAUCUACACUGGUCCAGACACCAGGCCAUACGAGCCAAUCCAAAACCGCAAACCUGUAAGACAACAGUCGUCCCUCUGA